UUGCAAGUUAUUCCUGUUUAUUCUACUUCAAAUCGCCAUGGAAUAUAGAGCAUACCUUAUGUUCAUCAUCAACGGAGCUUCCUAUCACAGUCCAAUCCAGAUUCUAGAUCCAAAAUGCAGGCGAUCGUGAGAGCAUUACGAUCGUGGCAAGAGACGUUGAAGAUCGCGAACUCGCAGCACUCGUGUAGGAGAGAAACGAAUCAAGUGGAAAAGAUUUUGGAAGGAUCAGAAUCAAGAGGGUCGUCUUCUCCACUGAAAGGUUUGGAGAAUAUUACCGUGGCGGAGAUCGUUUCGAGAAAUGGAGAUGGAAGUAUUGGCUCCUCGUGGUUAUCCUGCAGUGCGGAUGAUGCGGCCAUUGAUACCGUGCAAAAUGUAGCGAGUUUGAUUCGGUUUCGCCAUUUCCAAAAAGCUCGAAAGCUUUUCUUGUUGAGAAGAUUGAGGAAAUUUUCUUUGCUGCAGAUGGCUAGAAACAACGUUGGAUCGUUGGUGGUGUUGAAGCCUGAAGGACAACAAAUCGCCGGAAUUGUAACGGAAGGAGACUAUCUGAAGAAGAUAAUAGCAGAUGGGAGAUGUCCCAUAUACACAAAAGUUGGGGAAAUAAUGACUUGUGAGGACAAACUAGUAACCGUUACGUCCGACACGAACAUCCUUAAAGCAAUGCAGCUUAUGACAGAGAAUCGCAUAAGACAUGUUCCUGUGAUAGAUGGCAAACUAGUUGGCAUGAUUUCUGUAGUAGAUGUUGUCAAAGCAGUGGUAAAGCAGCAAAAUGGGGAACUCGAGCGACUAAACGAGUAUAUAAAAGGAGAAUCGUACUAAAAAUCGAGUUCUAAACAUUUAAGAACACAUGAUUCAGUACUACUGUAACAGCAAGCAUGCUUUAUUGAGAGACAAGAGCCUGAUAGUGAAUACCAUGUAAAGCAAACAAGCAAAAAAUUUAAAAGAAUCAGUUAUUAAAGCA